CCAUACUUUACGCCCUCCUCCCCACCCUACUAGUUACUCUUAACUUGCCCGUUCGAUCGUCGUAGAUGUAGCGUGGGUGUGUGGUGCGGUGCUCUUCAACAACACAAUCUUACCUCAUCUCGAGAUCCGAAACCUCCAAACUUCACCUCACUCCUACAAACUCCGACUUCAUUCCAUCAACAACUCCCCUCUAUCACGACGCUCUUCUCUGGUCCAACGGGACCGUCCGCUCCUUUACAUCUCUCCGUUUGUUCGCACAGCGAACCCACCAAAUUCAACGGCAUUCCACCUUCGCACCAAAGAGGACCUUCGCAUCAACGAUUCGCGCUCUUGAGACACCGGCAUUGACGACAUCUCUACGGAGCCUUACAAAGCUUCAGUUUGUCUCUGGCUAUUCGGUCCCUGCUCAACUUCCAACACCAACGAUCAAGGAUAUCGAACUGCACUUCCAGCGACAACACACCCGCAGAAUAUCUUAGUUACGACUCUAUUCAACAUUCUCGGGAACCUAAUGACAUCAUCUUAGCUGUAGUGCAUACUUUGGCCGCCGUGCGGCUGUGAGAAGCAUGGCGACCAUCACCUCCAGCAACCAUGGAUCACACCCCAGCAUACCCUUCAGCAACGAAGACGGGCAAACAUCUUACAGCAUGUACGCCGAACCCUCCGACUCUCCUCGGUCGCCAGUCUUCCCUCUGGAUGACCACCCGAGCACCGACGGACCUCUUCCGAACCCUCCCUUCGUCUUCCCCGCUCGUCCAGCAUUUACACCAUCACCCUUCUCUCGAGCUGGACGUAGGCCCCAAUCCGCAUACGACCUCCCCAAGCAGUCAGGACUCAACCAGGACUUUCAGCUUGGUGGAGGCCGAUCUGCACCCCCGCCUCUCCCAAGCUUCUCGUUCAACCCAACGGCUGCUGCAACACUGGACUCGGGCAUCUACAGUCCCCCACUGUCACCCAUGUCAGCUACGGGUGGCAGACCAAUACCUUCAAGGCCAGCUGGGCACAGAAGAGGAGGCAGUGAGUUCAUCGGGGGAGACGGCAAGACCGGAGCGGGCAGUCUUCUCAGCACCAGCCCAACAAAAACAGAGGGGCACCUCUCCCCACCUAACCCAAGCGUGCCUUCUGGCCCUCCUGGUGGCAGACGAGGCCAUGCUCACAGACGAUCUGCAGCCAUUUCAUGCCACGAUCUGUCCGCAAUCAUGAAACCGCAAAUGCCGGCAGCUGCUCCUCUCGGUGGUAGCGCUCCAACCAGCCCUUCAGAGGCACAAUCGGAUGUAGCAUUGGCGACCUCCCUGGACAACGCUAUACAAUCCGGAUUGGAAAAUGCGAAAGCAUCCGAUACGGUUACAACACCGCCAAUCCUAGCGGCUGCUACAGCACGUCUCCCAAAGACAACCAGAGUGGGCUUUUCUGAUAACGUCGAGUUUAUACCCCGCCCUCUGUCCCUAGUCUCAAGCGAUGCUUCGAGCACUAUGACAGUGCGUCAAGGCCAUUCGGCCACUGGCAGUCUCUCUUCGGUCAUCUCCCUCGCAGCCGCGAGCCCGCCAUCAAAGGAGCAACAGCGGGGUCUCCCAAAUCCAGCUACAAGCCGCAAACCGGACGAGCAUCGUCCGAGUACAGCCGGACCAGUUCUUGGUGCAUCAAGCCAAGGCCACUUCUUGGAAGAGACCGGGUCAGUUAGGAGAAGGAACUCCGACCCUUCUAUGUCGGAGGAAGCAAACGGCGAGGACUUGCCUCUUACGCCCCGAACUGCCGCAAAACGGUAUUUCUUCUUCAACCAGCAUGACUACCCCCUUAGUGAUGUGCCUCCAAAUCAAUCCCGCCCAGUCAGUGUCUCGUCAUCUAACAUGACACGAGAGAAGUUCAGCGGCCCUGCCCCUUCACCAAAGAAGCUUCAGUCUGCACAUGAGGACGCAGACCCCACUGAGGGAAUGCCCAAAGUCACUCGCAAAACUUCUAUGACCAGGAAGCCCAGCAAGAAACAGAAGAAAGUCAAAUCUUGGGCCGGUUCUAUUCUAUCGCGCAAAGGGAAGCCCCGAAGCUCCAAGCACAAGGGGCUUAGUAGAAAAUCUCCUACGCCUCCUCUGCGAAAUUAUGAGCCUGCUACCUACGAUACAACGGAGUAUGCCCUUCCAUCCCAGGCUGAGAUGCCAGAACAGACAACGGAGGAAGUUACUCCUCAACAAACCGCUCCAAGUACUCGAACCGACUUCGCCAAUUGGAGACCAAGACAUGUCGCUCCACAAGAUGAUGAGACUAUGAGCCCAAUCAUAGAUCUCGAUGCUGCUCUUGGCCCUUUCAAUACUCCAACUAGCCAUGACCUGGAAUGGGAGUCAUCACAAAAGUCUUUUGGCCAAACCAAGAGAAGAAUGCACAGCGCUGCAGGCAUGACCGGGUUCAAGGGGCCAGGCCUGCACUACCACAGACGCACUGAAAGUGCUCCUGAGAUGGUUGCAUCUGAGAACCCACGCUUUGGCCUUCACCAUAUCGGGAGUAGCUCUACCAUGGAGGAUGUGUUCGAGGAAGAUGAAGAGGAUGAAGACUGGGAAGAGGUCAAAACUGUGUCACACAAGGGCUCCACAAUCAGGGCCGAGGAUGAAGAAUCCUCUGGUCUUGGAAUUGAGAUUAAGGUCGUUGAUGCAGAGAGCGGCCAUGAUAACGUCAUGGACUGGACUCUGGACCAAGGCAGUAAUUCGCAGCGAGGCCUGAAGAGAAAGACCAGCGCUUUGAGCGAGGGUGAAGGCUUCCAAUUGCAAACUGCAUCGAGCAUGAAUUCUGCCCGAUCAGUGAGCCCAUUGAGAGAGACCUUUAUAAUGGAGGACCUCAACCCAUCUCCAAGGAUUGGAGAUGAUACUAUCAUCACAAGACCGAUUUCGAGCUCAAAAUCGUCCAGCACCUCCACGCCACCAUUCCGAGCGGUUGCGUCCAAAGAUCUCGCGCCAAUGGAUAUGCAACCAUACUCUAUCCAACCACCGUAUCUCACACCAACCACACCCAAUUCGACCUUCCAAUCGCCUUUUCCAUCUCCGCGUUCGCCCGUUUCCUACGACGCCCGCAGAAUGUCGACCGCCCCGUCUUCGAUUCUCGAUGAGCCGGGCUUCAACCCUCUCUGGCUCGGCGAGCCGGGCCCUGAGAUUCGCAUGUCCGUGGACGAGGUCCCAUCCUUGACUAGCAGCAACCCCACCAUGAUUCGAGAGAGCAUGAUGAACCCUGGCCUCGGAAACCCUCAAUUCCGAAACGGACAGCGACCGGCCUCGCUUUCCAACCCGACUGUGAACCGCAAGCGGUCUAGCAUUGCUAGUCUCUCGCGCCUCCUCAGCUCGCACGGAGAGAAGAGCAAGCUCUACAUUGAAGAGAGCGCUGAUGACUUCCCCGAGUCGAAGAAGGAGAGCAAGGGGAAGCGUCUUAGCCGCAUGAUGCAGUUUUGGAAACCGAGCAAGUCGGAAUCCUCAGAGGCACGAGAAGCAUGAGCAUUGAGUGGAGGAAGAGAGAGAGAGAGUGGGGGAUUCGUUUUUUGCUCCCUAAUUAUGCGAAGACCCUCACCACCUACAUAUUUGCAACACAACACGAGCGAGCAAAGCAAGCGUGCGUGCGACUUUGAAGCAUCAACAACACUGAAAAAAUCGACACUUUUCUCGAUUUUUAAACAAACAAUUCCAACUUUGGGAAUAUGGAUAUAAAACGACUUUCAUAACGAACUCCUGCGGAUUGUGUUUUUGUUCCUGUUUCCCUGGUUCCCGGUAUCCUGGCGUUCUUCCUUUUUUAAAUCAUUAGAUUUUUUGUGCAUUACUGAGAGUGGGCGGCGAAAGGGCUAUAAAUAAGAUGCUCUCUUCAUGUUAUAUCUGUAGAGCGAGUGUGCAUAACAAUGAUACUUUACAUGUG